UUUUCCGAAUUGAACCGGCCUAGACCAUUAGAGAAGGUGAAUGACCCAAUCGAUUUAAUUUACAAUCCUGACCUUCUUGGCAUCUCCUUAGUUCCUCCCCGUCACAGGAUCGGAAGAGCUUGAACAAGUAUUACGUGUUUUAUUUAAUUUUUGCGGAGGCAAAUCUGGAUAUAGCAAGCUUCCAUGUCGAUGGCACUCUUGUUUCGCAGACCUGUUUUCCUCAAAAAUGCACACCAUGGCUUCAGAAACCAUUGCCUAUCUCACGCUACUCCUGUUUCUGUGACAAUGAAGAUCACUCCGGUAGCUUCACAAACGCGAGAAAGGGGAAAACUCUCCAUCUCGGAGGUUCAUACCCCUUCAGCUACCCAACUUCACACCGCAUGUUCGUCGGGUCUCCGGUUCGACCGGUUGCCGUCAUCAAAUCAAGAGUGCGAUCGGGGGCAAAGCCAGAUGAUGGAAUUCGGAGAAUUUGUGGUUCGAGAGGCCUUUCUCGAUGAAGAGUACUGGACAGCGGCUUGGUUGAGAGCUGAAAGCCACUGGGAGGGUCGACCAAUUGAGCGUUAUGUUGAUAACUAUAAAAGGAAAUAUACAGAGCAGGAAUUCAAUGCACUAAAAAGAAGAUGCAGCGGGCAGCAUGCCCACGAGUGUAUUUGUCUUGUUGCGGUAAAGAAAGAAGAGAGGAAUGUACAACGCACUGUAGUUGGAACUCUAGAUUUAAACAUCCAGGAGGCGUUGCAAGGAGAGAUGCAUCCAGGGGAACCCGUGAAGGCUCUGAUACUUUCCAGAAUAAACAGAGGGAGACCUUGCAAAUACGGCUAUAUAGCCAACUUGUGUGUAGCCAAAUUUGCACGUCGCCAAGGGAUUGCAAGUAACAUGCUGUAUUUUGCUAUUGAAUCUGCCAAGUCAAAUGCAGGUGUGGCAAAUAUAUUUGUGCAUGUUCAUGGAGAUAACCUGCCUGCAUGGGCAUUGUACCAUAAGAUGGGUUUUCAGGUAGUUGAAAAGGAGAGUUCUCGUUGGUUAGAAGAUCAGAUUUAUUUGCUUUGGUUAAAGACCUGAGUCACCUGACAACUUCUUCAUUCAAUUCUUCCUGUCUUGAAAAAAUUUCUAAUAGAAUAUGGAUAUUCUACAUUGAUCAAACCUUUCCAAAAGGGUAUGGAAUCUGUUGAAGUUUGUGCUACUAUUUCUUGCAAGAAAAAUUCAGGAUACAUUUUGGUAUAAAAGCCAGAGUCCGCCAUCCUCGUCUGCUUUCA